AAAAGGGAAACAAAAUGUUUCAAUGCUACACUCAACGGCGGAUUUAGGGGGGAGAUAUUAUGAGGCUGGUGUCAUUAGGCGAUAGCCAUUGAAUCAUUCAAUCUUUUUUACUGGCCGUGUUUUUUCGGUUUUUCUCUGUAAUUUUCCUUCUCUCUCAGGUCAUUUCCAUGGUUUUCAGAUCGCCUUUAGAGCUUUAUCCCUCCCAUUUCUUCCUGCCAAACUUCGCUGAUCGCCCUCUGCUCCUGCAGGCGAACAGCGCUCCCGCCACCAGGUCUCCAGAAGACUUGUCCAUGUUUCAGCUACCGACCCUCAACUUCUCCCCGGAGCAGGUGGCGAGCGUCUGCGAGACGCUGGAGGAGACCGGGGAUAUCGAGCGCCUGGGCCGGUUCCUCUGGUCGCUGCCGGUGGCUCCGGGAGCAUGCGAGGCGAUCAACAAGCACGAAUCCAUCCUGCGCGCCCGGGCCGUGGUGGCGUUCCACACGGGGAAUUUCAGAGACCUGUACCACAUCCUGGAGAACCACAAGUUCACCAAAGACUCGCACGGUAAACUGCAGGCCAUGUGGCUGGAAGCGCACUACCAGGAGGCCGAGAAGCUGCGCGGGCGUCCGCUCGGUCCGGUCGAUAAGUACCGAGUGAGGAAGAAGUUUCCGCUGCCUCGGACCAUCUGGGACGGCGAGCAGAAGACGCACUGUUUCAAGGAGCGGACGCGCAGCCUGCUGAGGGAGUGGUACCUUCAGGACCCCUAUCCGAACCCCAGCAAGAAAAGGGAACUGGCUCAAGCCACUGGACUCACUCCUACACAGGUCGGAAACUGGUUUAAAAACCGGAGGCAACGAGACAGAGCCGCGGCGGCCAAGAACAGGCUGCAGCACCAAGCAAUAGGACCCGGCGGUAUGAGGUCGCUGUCAGAAGCCGGACUCACCCCUCACAGCUCGGCAGAGUCGCCCUCCACCGCGGCCAGUCCCACCACCAGCGUUUCCAGUAUGACAGAGCGGGUCGACACUGGGACGUCCAUCCUGUCCGUCACAUCCAGUGACUCAGAGUGCGAUGUAUGAUAUGAAAACAGAAAAAAAGAGAAAUAUUUACAGGGAAAAAUGGACCUGAGGUGACGAGAAAAAAAAAGACUUUGGAUGACAAAAAGGACUGGUUAUAAAUAUAAAAAAGAGAUAAAAGCACGUUGUUUUUUUAUUAUCAUAAAGCGCUUUCAAAAAAGGACCCUCAUCCUCAUACGCCCCCUCCCAUCACCACCACAAACAACAACAACAAUUGCAUGUCGUUUAUUAUUAUUUCUUUUAUUAUUUGGAAGGGAUUGUCCAUCAUCGAUCAAGAGGGAAUAAAAACAGAUCGGCAUGAUGAGCCCCUCCUCUUUUCCAUCUGACGUCACACAACAGGAUGCAAUUUUGUGUUCAUCAGACAAUCAUGUUUUUUGAAAAAAAGAAAAAAAAGCACCUUUUGUUAUUUUGUUUAUUUUUUUUUCAACACUGCCUGCGUGGGGGUCACGAAAUAAUGUUUAUCAGAUUUUUUAUUUUCAAAUUUUUAUAUUGAAUUAUGUAUAUUUCCAUUUCUCCAGCUCUGUAAUAUAAACGUGUAGAAAUAUGCCUGUAUAUAAUUAUUGCUCCACCCCAGCAAACUCCCCCUCACCCCCAGCCCAGUCCUCCUCACCCCUUCCUCACUUUUCUUGACUCGAUGUUCCAUAAAAAAAAAUAUUUGUCAAAACUUAUAACUCCAGUGCUUGUAGAGGUUUCUGUUGUUCAUUUGUCCGGGGAGGGGAAGUUAGGCGAUGGCAGAUGUCAUAUUUAUGCAAAAAGCUUUCACAACAUUUAUUUAAGGCUGCCCCCCUUCCUCCUCCUCCUCCUCUUCCUCCUCCUCCUCUCUGCCGCCCCAGGGUCGCUCAAAGCGCUUAUUUACAUUCAAUGUUAUUUUUUGUUGCGUGGUUAUUAUGUUAAUGUACCAUACAUUUCUUAAUCAAAUACAGUAUUCAAUUUGCUAUA